AUGGCCUUUGGAUCGACACGCGCACCUGCCCUCGUCGCAGUCAAGUACAACAAACCCGAAUUCUUCAAAGCCCAAAUCUCACAGACCAACGCAUUCCGGGGUCCAAACAGCGAACGUCCACCCAAAGAAGUUGAUGAAGCAUGGACGAAUGUCGGCAUCGGGAUGCCGGGUCUCAGGUUGUCUGGCGAAGAAGUCGAGAGUCUGGGAAAGAAGCUCGUUGAUGGGACUGAAAGCCAACAUCCUAUUCCAGACGGCAAAGGCGGUUACAUUGCAAUGCUGGAGGAUGAGCUGAGAAAGGCCUUGUUCUACAAUUGGGAUUAUUACAGCGCAGACUACCUGGCUGAUAAUGGAACCACCAGUUUUAUCCAGGUCCACCAUGAUCAUUGCGUCGACGCGCUCCGGAUGAGUUUGAUGUGCAGCGCAGACGUAACUCCUGUUACUUUCAUCGAUGACAGUGCCGUGCCUCAGCGACGAAAUUCGCUACCGGAUUUCUCCACGAAACACACUUGUCGCAAUUUCGAUGAGAUCGUAAAUUGGAGUUGGGAAAACGAGCGAGCCAUGAUGUGGGAGGACGUUGGGGACGCUACAACUUGGGACCCGACGUUAGCGAAACAAGAAGCAGGACAUUCUCAUGGAAGCCACAAGCAAAAUGACCGGUAA